UAUAUGUAUAUAUACAUAUGUGUGUAUAGAGAGUGAGAUAGAGUUGAAGGGCAAAUGGUGCAAAGAACGGUACUUAAGGUGCGGUUAUCUUGUGAGAAAUGUAGAAAGAAGAUCCUAAAAUCAGUUUCUGGGCUUUAUGGCGUAGAUAAGAUUGAAAUCGAUGCAGCGAAAGACACAUUAACAGUUACAGGAGACGCUGAUCCAUAUGUGAUAAUCAAACAAGCAAGAAAGGUCAUAAAAUGUGUCGAAGUUGUGACAAUUGGACCACCACCCCAACCUCCAAAGAAGCCUGAAGAGAAGAAGUCGGUGGAUAAAAAACCCGAAGUGACUAUCCACCCAUUUAUUCAUAUUCCUCAGAGUUGUGUUGCUUGUAACAGCUGGUCGUCGUUCAUAUGACUUAUACUAUAAAAUAAAAGGCCUUCCUCGACGGCUCAAUCCGUUAGUGAGAGGGUGUAACACGUGUGUCGCUAAAAGAUAAUUUGAUUUGUAAUAUAUUAAUAUCAAGAAGAAGAAGCUGGUGGAUAAAAAACCCGAAGUGACUAUCCAUCCAUAUAUGCAUAUUCAUCAGAGUUGCGUUGCUUGUAACAGUUGGUCGUUGUUCACAUGACUUAUACUAUAAAAUAAAAGGCCUUCCUCGACGGCUCAAUCCGUUAGUGAGAGGGUGUACCAUGUGUGUCGCUAAAAGAUAAUCUGAUUUGUAAUAUAUUAAUAUCAAUCUUUGUGUAAAAUUGAAAAAUAAGACAUCGCCAUGUGUUUAUUUUUUGGUAAAAUGACGAAAAUGGCCAAGAAUGGGUCAACUUUUCCA